AUGGACCUGCGGUCGUGGAACGGCAGCAACCUCUCUCCUCCCCUCCCCACCCUCCCUCCUCAUACUCGCAGUCCCCGCGCUGAUGGAGCUGCGCGCAGCAUGGGGCAGCUACAUGGACCUGCGGUCGUGGAACGGCAGCAACCUCUCUCGCCCCCCCCUCCCUCUCUUUACCUUCCUUCCGCGUGCUCCUUCCGCCUUCCCCCAGUCCCCGCGCUGAUGGAGCUACGGGCAGCAUGGGGCAGCUACAUGGACCUGCGGUCGUGGAACGGCAGCAACCCGUGCAGCCGCUGGUGGCUCGUCACGUGUUGGAGCAACGGGCUGCUGCGCCGCAUGGACGUGAGCUCUAAAGGCAUCAAGGGCACGCUGCCGUCCGUGCUGGGAAAUCUCACCUCGCUGGAAGAACUCAUCGCGACCACGAAUUGGAUCCACGGAGACAUUCCCAACUCCUUCAGCAACCUCGUCAACCUCAAGAACCU